AUGAUUCUCAUCUCUCAACUGCUAAUCCUUCCCUCACUGGCUUCGAGCUUAUUGGUCAGAACUGCUCCUCAGAGUAGACCACCAACAGUCACAGUGAAGAAUGGAACCUACGUCGGCUUCAAUGAUCCCACGCUCAAUACAGACAAUUUUUACGGCGUGGCCUAUGCUAAGCCCCCGAUUGGCGACCGAAGGUUCCGACCUCCUCAGUCUCUGGACUCCCCCUGGUCAGAAGAUCGUGAAGUGGUUGAAUAUCCCAAAGAAUGCAUUACGCCAGCAAAUAACACUUCAACCGAAAAAAGUGUGAACAUGUCGGAGGAUUGCCUUUAUAUGACGAUUAUUCGUCCAUCUAAUGUGACUCAAAAAAAUCUUCCUGUUCUGGUGUACUUAGACCAGGGCGGAUUCCUCAAUGGGGGCGCUGGCUGGUUUCAGACUUUCAACCAAACCUGGAUUGUUCAGCGUUCAUCAAAUAUUGGUUCCCCCAUUCUGGGCGUGUCGGUGAAUUCACGUCUCGGACCAUGGGGUUUCAUGUACAGUCAGGAAAUCCAGGAUACACUGAACACCAAUCUGGGCUUACGGGAUAUGCGUAUGGCAUUGGUCUGGAUCCAAGAAAACAUCGCAGCAUUCGGAGGGGAUCCUUCACGGGUAACCAUUCAGGGACAGAGCACUGGUGCUCAGUCUGUUGGACUCCAACUUCUCGCAUAUGGCGGCCAACAUGAUAACCUCUUUAGCGGUGCCAUCUCCGAAAGUGGCGCUCCGGUAUGGUAUGCACCUACCGCGAGCGUCGACCUGUGGCAGCCCACCUACAACGGUUUUGUCAAGGCAGCAGGCUGCACAUCUGCGAAUGACAGCCUAGCUUGCCUUCGACAGGUUUCUAACGCAACUCUCGUAAAUGUAUUCGCUAACCAGACCUUAAAUCCAUUCGGAGCCAACGCUCCCCGAGAGUACAUGUUUGCUGUUGACGGGGACUUCAUUCCGGAGCCUAAUAGCGUUCUACUGCAAGCUGGGAAGUUUGCCAAGGUUCCAUAUCUUAUAGGAACCAACUUCGAUGAAGGCACAACUGUGGGAUCAAAGGGGGUCAACAAUACAGCCGAUCUCAACACCUACCUGAUCAAAGAAAUGCUCACUCUCGACAAUUUCAGUCUUUCAACCAUAGGAUACCUCUACCCCGAUAUCCCUGAGAUUGGUAUUCCUGCAACGUAUGAAGGACGUCCUCCAGCGACACCAUCUCUCGGUGCGCAGUAUAAGCGAGCCAGUGCUGUAGGAUCCGAUAUUAUUAUGGAUGGCCCCACGCGGCUCACUACCCUCGCCAUGGCCUCCUUCAACUCGACUGUAUAUCGAUAUCACUUUAACGUAGUGCCGAACGGCUUCACCAACGCCCAGGGCGCGACGCAUGCCGCCGAGGUGCCUCUGACGUUCUACAAUCUCCCUGGCAACGGAUACACUACGAAUCCACUGGGAGGGCCAAAUUCCGAGAAGCUCAUAGCGAUGGCUGAUAUUAUGACCGCAAUGUGGAUAGGCUUUGUUACAAAUGGGGAUCCCAAUUCGGUCAUCAGAGCUCUCGACCCCAGCGUCCCGAUAUGGCCACGGUAUACACUGCCCAGUCCUCGGAACUUCGUCUUCACCAUCAACGAGUCUCUGUACACGGAACCGGACACCUACCGUGCUGCAGGCAUCAACUGGAUUAUGGAUAUGAUGAUAGCAUCUAAGAACCGCAACUGUACUAGCAUCGUAGCGUGUGGAGGCGGCUAUAAUAUCACAAACGGUGAGACUGGAGGUGUAUAUCAAUACUAG